AUGACCUAUCGUGCUUCGAGUCUACCUGCAGGUCGCUUCAUGUUGGUGCCGCCCUCUGCCGUUGUUUCUGCUUCCUCGUCGAGCCAAUCUGGUGAACAUGUAGCUGGUAGUGGGCAAUUUGGGGUCGGCGAUCGUGAGGGUCACGUGUCGCAAGCAGGCAAAUCUCGCGCAGGACAGAUUGGAGCCUCUCGACAUACUCAAAGCUCUGUAUCAGUGAUGUCUCAUGCACAAUCCAACAGCCCAGCAAUGUCCCCAAUUAUGCCAAGAACUGAAGGGGCUCAUGGUACUGCAGCUCCCGUCAUUGCCUCUUCUGCUUCCACUUCCUUAGCAGCUAAUACGUCGGCUCCCAUUGACACGGCUUUAAGUGGAACGGUUGCAGCAGACACUAGCCAGCCACCAAGCCUCCGAUUCUCCUGGCCGAAAGACGUCUCAGGAUUAACAUUCUGGCCAAGUGAAGGACACCUUCACAAUGGUCAAUCUAAACUGAUUACCGUAACCUUUUGCCCAAGCAAAUCCGAUAGAUUUGCUGCCAAUUUGGCGCCAGGAACUGUGGAGGCUGGGGGAGAUGGUCGGCGUCGACUACCAACACAGACAGUCUCACAACAACCGAUCCCAGAGAAAGGAUCGGGAGCUUCAGUUCCAGUUAGAUUCAACCGGCGGCGAAUAAUCUGUCGACUGACUCGGAUAUAUGUGCAUAUUCCAAGUGAUAGUCAGGGGGUAGGUAUCUCGAUUAACCUUUAG